AAUAAAUAAGAGGGGCGUUUUAAAGAAAGGCGCUGCACACAGACGAGACGAGGGCGGGUUGGAUUGAGAUUCCGGACAAGUCACCAACUCUAUUUCGAAAACCCUAACCCCCCCUGCCCUAAAACAUACCAAAUUUCCAUCAUAGGAUUGAUUGUCAAAUCCAAUCAAUUGGUUUCAUAGUUGCAGAUCAGAUCUUCUCUCGCUGCUUAAUUGACUAUUGAUAUCCAAUGGGGAAGAAGAAGAAGAGAGGGGCGGUCGAUAAGGUGUGGUGCUACUACUGCGACAGGGAGUUUGAAGACGAGAAGAUAUUGGUGCAGCACCAAAAGGCCAAGCACUUCAAGUGCCAUGUUUGCCACAAGAAGCUCUCCACCGCCGGCGGCAUGGCCAUCCAUGUCCUCCAGGUUCACAAGGAGCAAGUCACCAAAGUCCCAAAUGCAAAACCUGGAAGAGAAUCAACGGAGAUUGAGAUUUAUGGAAUGCAAGGAAUUCCGCCUGAUGUCCUGGCUUCACAUUAUGGAGAGGAAGAUGAAGAGAACCCUUCAAAAACAGCAAAAGUUGAUCUACCGACCUCCCAGAUAGCCGGUGGUAUGAUACCAGGAUCACUAGGGGUUGGAUAUCCUCCCCAGCCCACUUUAGGGUCAUUACCUCCGCAUUACAAUCCCAGAAUACCUGGCCCCCCUGGUGGUUGGCAAAUUCCACCUCGUCCACAACCUUGGUAUCCUCAGCACCCAACUGUUUCGGUUGCACUAUCUGGGCAAGCAGGAAUGCCUCAACAGCCUUUGUUUCCUGUGCACAAUAUUCGGUCUCCUGUUCCAUCUACAGCACCCCCUGGGCUUCAACCAACAUUGCCAAUCACUCCUCCAGGGAUGCCUGCAACAACUCCUCCUGUUUCUCAACCUUUAUUUCCUGUAGUUCCUAACAGUAAUAUUCCUCCUCAGAGUUCCCCAUUUUCUGCUCCUAUGCCUUCGAUAAGCUUGCCUUUAAGCUCUUCUUCAGAAAUAAAGAGUGCAGAACCUCUCUUUGGUGGCACUUUGGCAGCCAAUAAUUACCGAGCUUCGGGAACCCCAACCAUACCUAUUGCAAAUUCACAUUCCUAUGCAUCUGGUCCGAAUACUGGAGGUCCGUCUAUUGGGCCACCUCCAGUCAUUGCAAACAAAGCCCCAGCUACACAACCUGCAACUAAUGAGGUCUAUUUAGUUUGGGAUGAUGAGGCUAUGUCUAUGGAGGAAAGAAGAUUGUCCUUAUUGAAGUAUCAGGUGCAUGAUGAGAAUAGCCAGAUGAGUUCAAUCGAUGCAGCCAUUGACAGAAGGAUAUCUGAGAGCAGGCUUGCUGGUCGGAUGGCAUUUUAGAGUAUUGAUGAUGCCUCGUUCUAACCGGGAUCAACAGAAGAAGGAACGUUUCUUUAUCGAUCACAACACAACACACACCUGUUGUUUGAGCGUCUAACUGGUGCUGCUUGUUGCAAUUCUUUCUAUUUAAAUGUUGUAUCUUUUAGGAUAUAGGUUUCAGGAUAGCCCCUACUAUAAUUUAACAGAUAAUGGUCAUUUUUAAAAAAAUAUUUUUUUGGGAGUUUUAAUUAUCUGGGAUGGUUUUUAGAUUGUAGAAAUUACGGACAAAGUCCCUUGGCUUUCAGAGGUUAAAUGCAGCUUGAGUUUGUUUGUUUU